AUGGACAAAGAACAAAAAGAAAUGACGCCUGCUGCGCUUCAGCUGCAACACCAGUGCCUGAACAGCGAUGUCUCCCAGCGUGAGACGUCCAAACCCUCCGGCAUUCUCCUCCCCUCCCGGAACCAAGGUCAUUCAGCUAACUACACCGUCUCAUCUCGCAGUGCAAAGGCUUUCUCGUUAGUGAACCAGCAGAGAGGACCAUCGCAGAGGCGGUGA